UUCGCCGACCGAUCGGCCGGCCGGCUCGACGCGAAUUGCUUUGUUCCUGCACGCAGGAAGAGUUCCAGUAAACAAUCGCCGCCCCCCCUCUUGUUUGUUCUUCGCGGCUUACCAGUGCUAACAAGCAACGCCGAUGAGCGACCACGCGCAGCCGCGGCACGACCACCACCGCGGCCUCCGCGGCCGCCUCGCCGGCCUCUUCUCCUCGCCGCCGCCGCAGCCGUCGAACCCCCAGCCCAACGAGCAGGUCGCCAAGCUGCUGGAGGAGCUCGGGAGGCAGAGGGAUCUCACGGAGACGUACAAGGCGCGGCUCGAGAGCACGCAGGGGUACCUCCGGUUCUGCCUCGAGGUCGCCCAGGACCGCAGCUUCCUGCACCUGAUAUCCGACGGCGCGCAGCAGCACUCGCCGCACCGCGGCGCCGACCCCGAGACGGCACCGACCGCCGCCGGCGACGACGACACGAACGAGACAGCGGAGAUGCCGCCGCCGUGCGACCCGUACCUGGCCGCCACGCGCGGCCUCGCCGUGGAGCACGGCUGGUCCGUCGCGCCGGAAGAGAUCGAACUGCACGAGGUGGUAGGCCGGGGCACGACGGCGGACAUCCACAGGGCGACGUGGCGCGGGCUCGAGGUGGCGGUGAAGUGGGUGCGGCCGGAGCUCCUUGUCACCAACCCCGGCGCCGAGGCCUUCUUCGCGCAGGAGGCCGAGCUGCUGUCGCGGCAGCGGCACCCGCACGUGCUGCGCCUGAUGGGCGCGUGCCUGCGGCCCCCGGGGAGCUGCUUCCUGGUGACCGAGCUGCUGAGCGGCGCGACGCUCGGGGAGUGGCUGCACGGGGGCAGGAGGCGGCGGCCGCGGGCGGCGUCGUCCUCGCCGCCGCCGCUGGUGGACAGGGUGAGCAGGGCGCUGGAGAUCGCGCUGGCCAUGCGGCACCUCCACGAGCAGACGCCCAGGGUCGUGCACCGCGACCUCAAGCCCAGCAACGUCCUCCUGGAUGCUGAGCUGCGCGCGCGGGUCUCCGACUUCGGCCACGCCAGGUUCCUGCCGGACGGCAAGGAGGCGCUCACCGGCGAAACGGGGACUUAUGUGUACAUGGCUCCUGAAGUGAUUCGCUGCGAACCCUACACCGAGAAAUGCGACGUCUACAGCUUCGGCAUCAUACUGAAUGAACUGAUAACUGCAGAGCAUCCGUACAUCGAUACAAGCUACGGGCCGAGUAAGAUUGCGCUGGGAGUAGCAGACGGAAAAUUAAGGCCUCAACUCCCAGAGAGCGAUGGAUAUCCUACUGGCCUGAUUGAUCUCAUCUGCCGAACCUGGGAUGCAAAACCUUCAAGACGGCCUUCGUUUGCCGCAAUAACUUCCGCGCUUCGAGAAAUCAGACAGCAGAUUGUGCAACACGGAGAACAAUACCAAAACUAGAGUCAUGCAUAGGCUUACUUGUUUGCAAGAGAGGGAAAUGGAAAGAAAUGGAAACUGCAGCCAAUUCCGGUGAGCUUUCACUUAUUGGUUGCACUACUUUCAUAGUUCUGAAUUUCUGACUUCUGGUAGCACACGAAAUUUCUUGGCAAGUUGUACAUAGCAGUAAUCUCCUUGCUAUUAUUUUGCAUUCAGAGCAGCUAAUUUACAACUAGAUGACAACAUUUCUUGCAUUAACGGAGAAGGCGCUGAUACCGGAAGAACAGGUGCGAGGCUUCAAGCGCAGCAUGCUCUUCCAUGCCCGUAAAUGAACCUGGCAUCGUCUUCGGUGUACACAUGAGUCUCAUUCAACAGCCUGUAAUUUUUCUUUUAAGAAGGCAAAUCAUUGGAGGAACUAGCAUACUGACUAUGCACUGUCAUAACCUACUAAGUGCCUGAUGAAGUGAGCAAAAGGCGCUACUUACGACU